AUGGCGAGCUCGGGGCACUCGUGGCCCAACAGCCAGGACGAGUACGAGCUGCUGGAGGUGAUCGGCGUGGGCGCCACGGCCGUGGUGCACGCCGCCUUCUGCCGCGCGCGCGGUGAGAAGUGCGCCAUCAAGCGUAUCAACCUCGAGAAGUGGAACACCUCCAUGGACGAGCUGCUCAAGGAGAUCCAGGCCAUGUCCAGCUGCAACCACGAGAACGUCGUCACCUACUACACCAGCUUCGUGGUGAGGGAGGAGCUGUGGCUCGUGCUGCGCCUGCUGGAGGGCGGCAGCCUGCUGGACAUCAUCAAGCACAAGCUGCGCGCCGCCAACUGCAAGCACGGCGUGUUCGACGAGGCCACCAUCGCCACCGUGCUCAAGGAGGUGCUGCGCGGCCUCGAGUACUUCCACCAGAACGGCCAGAUCCACCGCGACAUCAAGGCCGGCAACAUCCUGCUGGGCGACGACGGCACCGUGCAGAUCGCGGACUUCGGCGUGUCGGCCUGGCUCGCCACCGGCCGCGACCUGUCGCGCCAGAAGGUGCGCCACACCUUCGUGGGCACGCCGUGCUGGAUGGCGCCCGAGGUCAUGGAGCAGAACCACGGCUACGACUUCAAGGCCGACAUCUGGUCCUUCGGCAUCACGGCCAUCGAGAUGGCGACCGGCACGGCGCCCUACCACAAGUACCCGCCCAUGAAGGUGCUCAUGCUCACGCUGCAAAACGACCCGCCCACGCUCGACACGGGCGCCGAGGAGAAGGACCAGUACAAGGCGUACGGCAAGACGUUCCGCAAGAUGAUCGCCGAGUGCCUGCAGAAGGACCCCACCAAGCGGCCCUCGGCCACCGAGCUGCUCAAGCACUCGUUCUUCAAGAAGGCCAAGGACCGCAAGUACCUCGUGCAGACGCUAGUGAGCAUCGGGCCCAGCAUGGAGACGCGCGUGCACAAGGCCAGCAAGCGCCAGCCCGGCACGUCGGGCCGCCUGCACCGCAUGGAGACGGGCGAGUGGGUGUGGGAGAGCGACGAGGACGAGGACGAGGACGACGGCGACGCGGGCCGCGAGCGCCCCAUGAACACGCUGCUGCGCGCCGCCUCCUCCGACAGCGACAGCGACGCCGAGCCGCGCGCCGGCUUCCGCAUCGGCGGCGCCGAGCCCGAGGACGCGCCGCAGAUCGACCUCGUGCUGCGCAUGCGCAACGCGCGCAACGAGCUCAACGACAUCCGCUUCGAGUUUGCGCCCGGCAAGGACUCCGCCGACGGCAUCGCCACCGAGCUGGUGGGCGCGGGACUGGUGGCGGGCGCGGACGGUGAAGCCAUCGCCACGCAGCUGCAGGUGCUGGUGGACGCGCAGCUGUUCCCGGGCGACGCGCCCGCGCCGCGCUCCGUCACCUUUCGCCUGGCGUCCGCCGACCCCGCGUUGCCGGCCGACGAGAAGGGGCUCGUCGGCUACGCGCAGCUCUCCAUCGUAGACUGAGCGCGCCGGCGACCCCCGCAUGGACAAUAAAUAUUAUGAGUAGCUAAUGUUAACGCUGUGUAAUCGAAUUUAGAUUAGGUAGAAAGCGUAGGUUUCCCAAGUUGACGAUAAUGACGCAAAGAGAACACAAAUGUGAAAUCACUGCAUAUUUUGUGGGUUUGGCGCCCAUUUUCGGGAACCUAUGGCAUAAACUAUUUUAGUCGCCUGGUGGGCAGCUCGCGAGCCACUACAAUGUAGAGCACAAACUAGGGUCAUAUGUUACUACAGCGAGUAGGCUCGCUUAGGUCGCAUGCGGACUGGCUUUCGGUCGAAAUCAUCUAGAGUCUAGACUAACACCCAUAUUCACAAUCAUUACUGUGUCACGUCCAUUUUCUGUAAUCUGAUUCGUGGAGACCACACUUGCGUUCGAGCGCACUCUGAGACCUCAUAGUAAUGAUUGUGAAUACGGAUGUCAAUUGAUUCGUUCCGUCAAUUCGUGUGAUUGUAGCCAACUCUUACAUAGGGAGACCAAAAAACUAUUUUCAAUUCCUACAUGCCCCAUCGCUGGAGAAAACUGAUUUUCAACAACUCGACGAAUUUUAUGUGCAAUUAGUUACGUCCUUGUUGAAAACUGAUCCUUCCCGUUGGCUUACAAUAGGGAUGAUGCCUAAUAGUCAAAUCAGCAACUUUUUAUCACCAUCGGAACGCUCGCUUAGUAUGGGAGGUUGUAUGAAAUACAUUCACGUGAUGUCAUAAACAUUUAACGUACUUUUUUAGUUAAAACAAUUAUUUAAAAAGGUUUGCAAACUUUAAACUAACAAUAGAUGUAGAUCUUACGAAUUUUGGAAGACCUAUUUAUUAAUUAUGUACUAAGAAAUAAUUUUCGACAUAGGCACCAUCCCAAUUGUCAUCACUUGAAAAGUUGACUCGUCACGCUUCUCGAGGAGAACCGUUCAUAUAAUUUUGGUACGCUAUCGUGCGCUAUAAUGAUCCAUAGCUUCGUAAUUCUAAGUGCUAUUUUAUCGUAUUACGCUGUGUUCUAAGUACCCACAUAGUUUAUGGGUAAAUGACCUAAUCCUUUGAAUAUUGAACUACCGUCGAAAAACAGAAGGGUUCUGUUACUUGUCUGUUACAUAUCCUUGAUCUGUCAACUCCAUGUAUAUUAAAUGUUAAUUUUCAU